CUUAUAUAAACUCGAUGCUGUGAACUCAAACGUUAAACCAAAAUCGUCUUUUCAACAACUCACACACGAGUUUUUUUUUUUAAUUAAGUAUUAACAAAAUAAAUUAUACACGAUGAACACCUUCGUCAAAAUCUUCGCAAUAUUGGCUGUGGCAGUUGCCCUCGCCCACUCCGAAGAAGCCAAAAAAGAAACCAAAGUAGUAGAAAAACGUUCAGAGGAGAAAUCAGAUUUGGCUACAGCAGCUUCUGGACGAUCACUUUUCGGUGGAUACGGAGGAUAUAACAACGGCUACAGCAGCUACCCAAGUUCAUACGGAAGCUACCCAAGCUCAUAUGGAAGCUACCCAAGCUCUUAUAGCAGCUAUCCAAACUCAUACAGCAGCUACCCAAGCUCUUAUAGCAGCUACCCAAGCUCAUACAGCAGCUACCCAAGCUCUUAUAGUAGCUACCCAAGCUCAUACGGCAGCGGAUAUAAUGGUUACAACAAAUACGGUUACGGAAACAACUACUACGGUAGCUCUUACGACCAAGGUUACGGUUACAGAGGUUAUCCAAGCUCUGGCGCCCAUUCCUAUAGUAAUAGCUACAAUUACCCAGGAUCCUACAGCUCUGGUUAUGGACACAACUCUUACUACGAUAACGACCUUUAUAGUGGACAUGGUUAUAACAAAGGAUACAACUCCUACCCAUACUCAUCUGGUGGUUAUGGAUACAACAAAUGGUAAUCCUGAUGUGCUAAAUCAACAACUGGCUGCAACAUUAAGAACUAUUGUUUUUUUAAUUUGUUUAAAAAAACAUUGAGUUUGUCUUUAAAUAUUAUGUAAAAAUUCUAUCCAUCUUAUUUGUUUUAUUUAUAAAAUAAUUUAUUACCUUACUAUAAUAAAAAUAAAUAAAUUUUAUAUAUUAA